AUGGCCCCAUCGCUUGUCGAAACCACAACUGAUCCUGUAGUUCCUAUCGUGGAAGACAAGCUCACCCUUAAGGGUCCAGAGAGGACACCGCUAAAGCCAAGCGGUGCUCUUGAUGCUUUCGAAUCCUUCGACGUCACGCCAGUGAUUGGACAUGAAUUUCCCAAUGCAAGCUUGAAGGACUUCUUGCGCGCUCCGAAUUCGGAUGAGCUGCUUCGGGACCUUGCUAUUACCAUCUCGCAACGAGGCGUCGUGUUCUUCCGAAAGCAGGAUGGUCUAGACGACGAGCUGCAAAAGGAACUUGUCCAGAGACUAGGGGAGCUUUCGGGAAAGCCAAAGACUUCUGGACUACACAUUCACCCAGUUGCCAACUCUGGUCGUGAACAUAGUGUUGCAGAUGAUGAGAUCAGUAUUAUUAGCUCCCGGCAGCGCAAGACUUUGUACAGUCAUCGCAACGAGCGGAAGCAAAGCGCUCGCGCUGAGUGGCACAGUGAUAUUACCUUUGAACCUAUCCCUAGUGACUACACUAUUCUUCGUUUGACAGAACUGCCUAAGACCGGUGGAGACACUCUCUGGGCUUCCGGCUACGAAGUGUACGAUCGCCUGUCGGAGCCUUACCAGAAAUUCCUUGAAGGCCUUACUGCAACAUAUGCCCAACCUCGCUUCAAUGAGGUUGCCAAGAACAACAACUUCAAGAUUCACCCGGGCCCACGCGGCGCUCCCGAGAACGUGGGAGAGGAGCUUCGCGCUGAGCACCCUGUUGUCCGCACCAACCCGGUCACAGGUUGGAAGAGUAUAUUCGCGGUUGGAUCGCACGUCCAGAAAGUCAACGGAGUUACGCAAGAGGAGAGUGACCACUUGCUGAAGUGGUUCGUGAAUCUUAUUGUCGAGAAUCACGACUUGCAAGUGCGCCUCCGAUGGCAGAACCCGAAUGAUCUUGCUAUCUGGGAUAACCGCUCGGUAUAUCAUGCCGCGACUUGGGACUAUGAAGAGAUCGGUUCUCGAACGGGUCACCGCGUAGUUGGGCUUGGAGAGCGGCCAUAUUUGGAUCCCAAGAGCAUCAGCAGAAGACAGGCACUGGCAGAGAGCGAAUAG